GCCAUUUAAUUUCUUUUUCAUUCAAAGAAAUCAUCAUAAUGACAGAUUUACAUUAAUUCACACACACUCAUACACUUCACAGAUACAGGUUUUAUGGAGUUUUCAGGAGUACAAUCAUGAUAAGUUUUGUUGUUUGAGCUGUGUGUACACCAAACCAUCCUUUCUCUUCAUUUACACCCCUCCAUAUACUGUCUUUUUCAUAUUAACUUUCUUUCUUCUAUCCUAUAAUUGAAACCCCUUAUUCUUGGCCCUGAUUUCUCUUUUGUGUCUUUUUUGCUAUUAAAUGUUACUAUUCUUGUUCUAGCUAAAGAGAGAAGAUUAAAAUUAUUUUUUAAAUUUUUUUAUACAUUUGUUUCUUAAGCUUUCUUGCUUUUUGGGGAUGCAUUGAGUUCAUGAAAAUAUGGUUAGGUUGAGAAAUAAUCUGUUUUCAAGGCUAGUAGUUUUUCAUAUAUUUGUUGUUCUUUUCUGCAAAAGUGGUAUAUUUGUUUGGGGUUUAAAUUACACAAAAUAUAGACAAGUAGGAGAUUUGAGACUUGCAAGAAUUCAAAAGCAUUUGGAUACACUUAACAAGCCUCCUGUUUUCUCCAUUGAGAGCCCAGAUGGAGAUAUCAUUGAUUGUGUCCACAAAAGAAAGCAACCAGCUUUAGAUCACCCUCUUCUCAAAAAUCACAAAAUCCAGAGAGUACCACCAGCAAUGCCAAAGAUGAAAUCAAUGGGGGAAAAAGAGGAAGAAAGUAUUAGUGAGAAAUCUGCAAAUAUUAGUAAUAAUGAAAGGUACAUAAGAAAAGGGGCAUGGCAAAUGUGGCAUAAGAACGGUGAACGAUGUCCCAAAGGGACUGUUCCAGUACGGCGUAGCACAAUGCACGACGUCCUUAGAGCAGAUUCGCUCUAUGACUUUGGCAAGAAACGACGUCGUAAUGUGCCCCUUGCUCGACGAGCUGAUGCACCGGAUGUUGUUAGUGGCAAUGGUCAUGAGCAUGCGAUAGCAUAUACGGGGUCGUCAAGUGAGAUAUACGGGGCAAAAGCGACAAUAAACGUGUGGGACCCAAAAAUUGAAGUGAUAAAUGAAUUCAGUCUUUCCCAGAUUUGGGUUCUUUCCGGGUCUUUCGAUGGCUCUGAUCUCAAUAGCAUCGAAGCUGGUUGGCAGGUCAGUCCGGAGCUUUAUGGUGACAGUCGACCCCGAUUAUUCACUUACUGGACGAGUGAUGCAUAUCAAGCAACGGGAUGUUAUAACUUGUUAUGCUCAGGGUUCGUGCAAACAAAUAGUCGUAUCGCUAUUGGAGCUGCGAUCUCCCCGUUAUCUGAAUUUCAAGGAAGUCAGUUCGACGUUACAAUAGUCAUUUGGAAGGACCCGAAACUUGGUAACUGGUGGAUGGGUUUCGGCGAGAACACCCUAGUGGGUUAUUGGCCAGCGGAGCUAUUCACACACCUAGCUGACCGAGCAACAAUGGUCGAAUGGGGUGGUGAGAUCGUAAAUUCACGGGCCAACGGUGAACACACGUCAACAGCGAUGGGUUCGGGCCAUUUUGCGGAAGAUGGGUUUGGAAAAGCAAGUUAUUUUCGAAACCUUGAGAUUGUGGAUUCGGAUAACAGUUUGGUAUCGGCCCAUGACAUAUCCACGCUGGCAGAAAACACCAAUUGCUAUAACAUUAAAAGCUCUAGCAACAACCAAUGGGGCACAUACUUUUACUAUGGUGGGCCAGGCCGAAAUCCACAAUGUCAAUGACUGUGACAAUAUCUUCAAUUUUAUUAUAAAAAAAAAAAAAAAAGGAAAAAUCCAAAAGUAUUCAAAUUUAAUUGUUUUCUAAGAGUAAAGUUAUGUUUUCCUACCAAUUAUUUUAGAAUUCAUUUAACUGAAAUUUAGUUAUAUUGUGAAAAUAAUUGGUAGAAAAAUAUAACAUUAUUCUGGUUUAAAAUCUCUGGAUGUGAAAAUGUAUGUUAUUUUCUAGUAAUUUUGUUAGUUCUUUCCAAAAAUAGUGAAAGGAAUUGUAUGUAAUGAAUAAGAAAGAUAAUGUAGCAUGAAACAGGUGGGUUAUGGAAGUGGCCAUUUUCUGGGUUAUUGUUAUACUUUCAAUAGCAUUGCGUAGCAACAAAAUUAUAAUAAUGUAAUAACGUUUACAAAAGAAUGAUUUCAAUAUGAUGUAAA